ACGAAAGUCCGCAAGCCUGGAGCACGACGACGCUGGCUCUAGCGAAGUAGCAUUACUGCGUGCUCCGUAUCGUGCGUGCGUGCCUCCGGGAGCUCCCGAGACAUUACCAUUUUAGACCCACCGACUAGAGCUUCCCCGCCCAUAGUAGCUCCCAGAAGAAAGAAGAUAUUUAAAAAAAAGCUCCCCCUUUUACAACUACUUCACAUACGACGGCGGCCAGCGAUAACUCUGUCUCCCUCUCGUAGCCGCUGUCUAACUGACUGAACUUCGGGCACCGACUGAUCUUACUACAGUGUGUAGUUAAUAUUGAACCGUGUGGAGCAUCACGGUGGGACCAAGCAAGUGCAAGUGUGUGCGCCGCGGGGGAACCCUUCAGUGCGAUUCGCGUCAAGCCCCACCGCAUUUGGACACACAGUUCGGUCUGACUAUCUGUACUGUGUGUGUUAACGAAUCGAGUGUCGUGUCGUCGACGAGUGCGUUGUGCGGUGUUUAUCGUGGUGUACAACUGAAUCCCUUCUUAGCCCAGGCUAUUGCAGCGGUUGGUGUGUUUACUUCCUAACGUGAACAGGAAAUACAGAAAACUGCUGUGUUCAUAAAUUUUAGGAACUUUUCCCCUUCUGCUACUUCUUGUGUCGUCACUCUCUGUCGCUCCUUUUCGUCAGCUGUGUUUUCCUCCCAUCAGUUUACCAGCCGUGUUUCUCAGUUUAUCGCGACACAGCUACUCCGAAAACAGGUGAUUUACAAUACUUGCGCGUGUGUAACUUGUUCCGGGACAAAGUAACAAAUUCGCGACUUAGAUUCAUAAAUCCAGCGAGUGACGUUGUACAGUGUUGUGAAGACUAUUCGUUUCUUUUGAAACAACAGUGUGUUAAGGUUUUCGUUGCAACUGAAACAACAACUACAAAAGCAACCGAACCAAGAUGGCGGCUUUCAUUGCUAAGCAAAUGGUCGGCAGUCAGCUGAACGCUGUCAAAGGAGCUGCCGGAGGUGCUGUAGGCGGUGACGGUGGCGACGAUGAGAAUGACAAAGAGAAGGAGGAGGAGGCCGAGCGCGAACGCCAGGAGGCGAUCCGCGAAGCCGAAGAACGACGAAAGGAGAAACACCGCAAGAUGGAAGAGGAGCGGGAGAAGAUGCGGCAGGAAAUCCGAGACAAAUAUAACAUAAAGAAAAAGGAAGAGGUGGUCGAGCAGGCACCCCAGGAGGAACCCAACCCGCUGAUGCGGAAAAAGAAAACGCCCGAAGAGCUGGCGGCCGAGGCGGAACAGGAGGAUCUGGACGACUUCACGAAUGGCGAUCCGUCAAGCGGUAAUAGAAAGUUGAAAAACUCCAUAGAGACGCAGGUAAACGAGAUCAAAACGCAGAUCGAGGGAAAAUGCUCCUUACAGUGAUUAUGCAUCAUCCGUAUUCAGCAGUAUAUUCAAUAAUAUUAACUCUAAUUUAAAGAAAUAAAAAAGGAAUAACAAAAAUAAGCAGAAUGCAAAUAUUAUAGAACAAAAAAAAAACAAAAUAGAAAUUAUUUAAAAGAAGUGAAAACACAUGAAAAACCAAUAAUUAAAACAAAAAAGUAUUUAAAUGUAAAGUUUUAAAUUGAAAAAUUCAAAAGAGAAAAGCAACAGAAAAAAAUGAAAAACCGUAAUAUAUAAGCAAACAUUUAUCACCACCGGUCACCACCACCACACAAUCACAACCGAAAACAUGCAACUAACGACAGGCAAUCCAGAUGAGCAACAGAAACUCAACCAUCAUCGACACCGUUUGAAGCGUGAAUUGCAAUAUGAGUAUGUGUACACCACGAAGCGCCGCUACAUCAACAUCAACAGUAACAAGCGACAACGACACAAGCAGCAUCAUCACCAUCCUCCACCAAACACAAAUAGAAAAAGUAAACGCAUAAUGAUCAUUUCUCAAAUCACAUCAUGGAAACAUUAAAACACAAAUGAAAAAGCUCAUGUCAGUUCAUUGAAAAACAAAAAAAAACGAUACAUAAUAGAGAACAGAUUGAAAAUACAUUGUUAAAUAGGGACACCCAGGUGAAUCAACUGAUUAAGAAAAAAGUGAAAAAAUGUGAUUAUUCAAAAACAAGAAACAAGUAAAAAACAAAAAUGAAAAACAUUUACCUUUUCGAUUUCGGGUCUUUCCGUUCGAAACCGUUUUUCGUUGAUGCGAAGGAGUUGAAUGAAGCAACCGGACGAACCAGAAUCGCUUCGCCGCUUUGAAUUAGUAGAAACAAAAAGGGAUAGGAAUACAAACUGGCAAGGAUCCACCAGGAACGAAAACCAAUGGACAAGCGACAAGCAUUUGUGAUACAGCAUGAUUGUUUGUAGUUGAAACCGAGACCAGCAUCGCGAACAGAGAGGUUGUGCCGACGAUCCAGAGGAAGGAAAUUCUCGCGUUCUUAGGUCCCGUUUUGGAAUUUAGUUCGCAAACGGUUUUUAGAGGUGGACAUAAAAGGCAUGCGCCAUCCCGAAGAAAAAAAAUUAGAAAAAAGAAUGCACAUUAGAGCGAUAAUUCGAACUAAAUUGAGAGAGAAAAAAUCUUAGCGUUAAUACGAGUCUUAUAUAUUUAGCUUAAAUUCGUUGACAGUUGGACAAGUGUAAUAAAGCAAAGUUAUUCGCCUCUGGUUGAACAAAAAAAAAACAUGCACGUGUACUCGAAACAAUUCUUAGAUAAAAUAACUCUACUGAGACACAAGAAGACACAGUGCCGGAUGUUCCAGUUGUUCAUUCGUGCCGUUUAGAAGAGCAAAAAUCUGAACUGGUCACAUUGGCUGUUUUUACUGGUUAUUUACUGUUACUAAUUGAAUUUUGUUUGAAGAAAAAUGUUCAAAAGGUGUAUUAAUUUUUGGUGAGGUUAAAUAGUGAAAGCAAUUAAGCAAUCGUUCAUCCAAUUUCCCAGCUCACGAGCCAGAAAAGAAGCAAAAUGCGGUUAUCAUCGCCAUAUAAUUGAUGUGUUUCAAAAAACGUUUUUUCCAAGUGCACUUCGAGACCAGAUCCAGUCUCUUUGAACAAAGAAAAAUCAACACCUAAAGUGCACCCCAUACAUUCGAUGCUUAUUAUUCUAAUUCUUUGGGUGAAACAAUCCCUACUUUAUCUUACCCUGUCAUCUGACUUUGAUCCGUGUCGUAAUACAACAAGCAUAUGUAGGCAUAACUGUGCUUCGUUUUUCUCAAUUUUGUUUCGAAAAUUUCUUUUCGCAAAUAGUCAUUAUAUUUCGUUCAAAUCAGACGAGCCUGUAUAUGUCUGAACGAUUGGCAACACUGCUGAACUGUCAUUUUGAAUAUUUGGUACAACAGGCAGACGUUCCAGAGGGCAAGGCUCUUUUGAUGUUGGACAAUUUCAUAUCUUCUUCUGGAAAUUACUCGCAAAAAGGUACUCAGAACCUCAAUGUAUAUUCUUCUUUGUUUCGAAUUGCAUGGAUACUGAUUUUGUCAGCAAGCUCUACGCGUCUACUCAACAGAAACAAACUUCAUUCUCUUACUGCACCCUUCAUAUUCUGUUGAAUGUUUAUGUCGCGCUCAUUGAUGUCGUGUCGCUAGUAGUAAAUGUAUUGAUAACAAAAGCAAAAAGCAAAUACGUUAAUCUACUGACAGCAGCGAAACUCAAACGGUUUUAUCUGUUGAUAUGUUGACAACCAAUCACAACAACAAAAACAACUACACAUUACAGCUAGUAAACGAAAACAAACAGUAUGUUUAUCUCUCUAUCCUAUCGUUAGAAAUCAUUAAUUAGCAGAAAACGAAAGCAAAUAUUGAAUGAAAUUAGCGGAAAAACUCAUAAUCUCUUAACAUUUAUCUUCAAAACACUCAGAUUCUCUUCCUAACUAUUGAAAACAAACAAGACUCUCAUAAAAAAACGGCUUGACUUAAACAAAGUCUACUAUUCUGUUACUUUAUGUACUUCAUCAGAAAACCUUUACCCAUCACAGCCAAACGCAGGUUUCCGAACACGGCAAAAUUUCUUCGACAAAGAAACGCGUAACAGCGUUUCUCCAUUAGCUUCAAAAUAGAAAAAAAAAACUCUGUUUCGAAUUCACAGUGUACCUAAAUCAUAGACACAGCUUUCACAUUGUAAACCCAGACAAGGAAGAACCCGAUCGAAUAAUCCUGCAACGGCAGUUAAGCGGAAGUGAAACCAAGACAACGUUUGUUUAUAAUUGUUGAAGAGAAUUAAAUGAAAAAGUUACACAUUAAAAAAUAAAACACAAAAAACUGUUAAAACUCUGUUUUAUUUGUUUUCAUUGUCUCAACACCUCAGCGGUACCCAUGACACAUUUCCAUCAAAAACUACAUUUUUCAUCACAGGUAUCCCACUUAUCGGCCAUAUAUAGAGAACAUCGUUGGAAUAUGCGACUGACACAGGAACUGACCGUUCGUGUUGUCGUGUUUUCAGCAAAAGAUCUCACUACCAUUAGCUGGUGCGAGUUCUUCUCGCACUUCAAAAACAGCGAUUCACAACCAUAGCUCGAGCGAAAUAAGAAAACAAGAAACAUUCUAAUACAAUAUGUGUGUCAAUUAUUAUUACCAUAAAGGAGGAGGAACGGCAAAACAUUAAAUAUAUUUAAAAAAAAUAUCAUAACGAACAAAGUGCAAGUAGAAAAGUAUUAUCAGGAGUUGCGAGAAGAAUGAAAGAAUGGAAUUUCAGGGGACUUGAGACGUGAUUGGUUUUAUCAUGUGCCCAUAGUCAUUGAGCUCACAUUUAUCCAUUGAUCAAUACUAGAACUUUGGGCGCAGAUGUAUCGAAAUUAUUGACGGUAAUUCAGAAUACAUCCGGAAUGGCCACCAGUACGACAAAAUUGAAGAAAAGCUUUAGUGUGACUAUUUAUCAGAACCAAAUGUUGAUGAGCGUUAUCCAGUUAUGCUGUUGAACAGUAAAGCCAUUUACAGUAGCUUAUAUCCCUUUAGCUACAACCCGAUUGAGAGGUUGAUAUCAAUAUCUAGAGACAUUGAACCAAAAUCUAGAAAUGCACAUUGAAAGGUAAAAUUUAAACAUUGUUAAUUUUAUUCCUAGAGUUGCAACCUCUGAUUUAGUGCUCCCUUGUUAGUUAUUCCACAACCAUCAUUAGACAUUGCCCAUCUAGAGUAAAAACAUUCUAAAGGAUUCUAUAUCGCAAUAUUCUACUUAAAAACAAAUAUCUAACCUAACUACUAAAAAUUAAGAAGCUCUCGUCAGACGACAACCGAAAACUAAUACACUUUAAAACUGAAUCAAGUCUACACCUACACUUAUAAGUUCCACAGUUCUUUUACAUUUUCAUCCCAAAUACCAGAUCGAUCUAAGUUCUACCACAACUCCUACACAAUACAACCGAUACAUCGUAACAAAAGCAAUGAUGCCUGACACGGGACUUUCAGUUAUCCCGCACGUGGCUAUACUCUUAGCAAUCCCUUAAGGAAAACAAAGCUGAAAAUAACUGAAAAUUAUAAUAGAAAAUAGGAGAAGACCGCAGUUCAGAGCUAAAUUGAGAAUAAAAUAUCAAGAAGAAAACAAAAACACAAACAAUGCAAAAUAACUGCAGAAAAAAAUAACUUUCCGUACAUAGAGAGUACCCAAAAUGAAAAGGAUUAAGAGAAGAAGCAAGCAAACACAUCCAACCAUUUCCCCCAGAAUGAAAAUAAACCGAAAAGCGUC